GUGGUCAUAGCAGAGAGAGAGAAGCAGCUGACAGUGUUGCAAACAUUUGGAGAUGAUAAACUUUGCAUCGCCCAGGACUAGUGAAAGCCCCCCAUACCGUUGCGUCACCGCCGCGUUUCUCGAAGCGGCCGAAGACGAGACGCACCGCGGCUGAAGAGGACAACCGAAGACCCCCGACGCACUGCGUAUAUUCUACAGACGGAUGUUGCAGUGAAAAGGGGCACACAGCAACCUCUCCGUCCUGCCAAAAUCAUGACAGAUUCCUCCACUAUUCCAGCCAAGCACUCCUUGGAAGUUGAGGCCAACUGCAGCUCCAGUUCCCCAAAUGACAUGCCAUCUGAGGGACCAAACAAAAAACUAAAAGUUGACCAUGAGCACCGUGCCAAUUUCUGGUUCUGUGAAGAAUGCGAGGAGUAUUUCUUGGAAAAAUGCCCUACCCAUGGGCCCCCUGUGUUUGUGCCAGACACCCCUGUCGCAUCAGGGGUGCCCAACCGGGCAGCUCUCACUGUACCCUCAUGCUUCGAGAUACUUAGAAAGCGUGAUAAGGUGGAUGUCUGCUGUAGGGAUGAAAACAUACCAAAGGGAGCAUUGUUUGGCCCUUAUCAAGGCCAACUAAUGGCCUCUGAUAAACCUUCUGGGCCAUACUCAUGGAUGAUAGUUAAUGAGGACAACACAUAUAAAUUCAUUGAUGGGAGUGAAGAAGCUACAGCAAACUGGAUGAGGUUUAUUCAGAUUUCCUCUGAUAAGAGCAAAAUUAACCUGAGUGCUAUUCAACAUGGCGAGCAGAUCUACUUCCAAGUGUGUCAGAGACUAACAGUGGGCGAUAAACUAUGCGUGUGGUAUAGCAGCGACUACCUGAGACAACUGCAGAGUGUGUCUCGGUACAGCAUUGACCGCAACCUGGACACAGCUGUGAAAUUGGAAGACCAACAUCAGGAGGAGCCCAGAGGUCCAGUGCUGAGAUCUGCCAUGCAAGGCAGAAGAACCCUCAGUAAACAUGGAAACGAUGAAGGAGAAAACCAGCCCCAGGCCAAGAAAAAGAAGAUCGACCUCAUUUUCAAAGAUGUCCUGGAAGCAUCUCUGGAGGCCAAUCAAACUCCGAACAACCCCUUAAACAGCACCUUGUCUUUUCCAAGAGCAAAAACUAAUGUCGGUCAGGUUUUCAGCCAGCCUGACUUAGAUUCUAAAGAGUCCGUCCUCACCUCUGGAUUGGCUUCCAUGGAACAUCUUGAGAGUAGCUUUGAUGCAAAGUGUAUGAAAAUAGAAAACACGGAAGAAGAGGUGACUCUGAGUGGUGAUAGACCAUCAACAUCUUUCUGCCCGAACUGUGUAAGGCUGAAAAGAAGAAUUCGUGAACUGGAGGCUGAAUUGCUUCAUCUGAGAGGACAUGGGCAGACCGAAAAUAUGCGUGCAACGCCAUCUGAGCCUCUCCCCAGUGAAGAUCUCCGAGAAGCCAUGACGUCCAUCCAAGUCGUCCUUGAAGAUGAUGACCAGGAUGUUGAUUCUGCUGAUGAAUCUAUUUCUGCUGACCUCAUGGUGACUACCGAUGGGUCUACAAAGCUCUCUAUGAGCUCAGGUCGUCGGAUUCGCCGCUUCAAACAAGAGUGGCUGAAGAAGUUUUGGUUUCUUCGAUAUUCGCCCACACUGAAUGAGAUGUGGUGCCAUGUCUGCCGGCAAUACACCGUCCAGUCCUCCCGUACCUCUGCUUUUAUCAUCGGUUCCAAGCAAUUCAAGAUCCACACUAUUAAACUGCACAGCCAGAGCAACCUUCACAAAAAGUGUUUGCAGCUUUACAAGCUACGCAUGCACCCGGAGAAGAACGAAGAGAUGUGUCGUAACAUGAUGACUCUCUUCAAUGUUGCCCACCACCUGGCUUUGGAAGGGCGGCCGUUUUCCGAUCUGCGUCCCCUGGCGGAGCUCAUGAAGAAGUGUGAACUGAAAGUGGUAGAUCAAUACAUGAAUGAGAAUGACUGUCAGAUUAUAAUCCAACACAUUGCUCGAGCAUUAAAAGAGGACUUGGUGGAGAAGAUCCGCCUUUCGCCCUUUGUAAGCAUCAUCAUGGAUGGACAGAAUGAUGACCUCUUGGCUGACACCGUUGCCGUUUAUGUGCAGUUCACAACCGCCGAUGGGUUGCCUGCCACAGAGUUCCUCUCCUUACAGAAGCUAUGCGGAGGCAAUGUGGAAGGCUACAUCCAGGCAGUGGAUCGUGCCUUUGGUUUUCUCGGUUUGAGACUUCAGGACAUGUUAGUGGUUGGUUUGGGAAUAGAUGGUUCCAACAUCUCCUCUAGUUUGAGGGCCAAUUUUUACAUAGCCAUGAGAAAGACAAUCCCUUGGUUGUUGUGUCUACCUGUGAUGACCCAUCGUCCCCAUUUAGAGGUACUUGAUGCCAUUAGUGGCAAGGAGCUCUCUUGCUUGGAGGAUUUGGAGAACAACUUGAAGCAGCUGCUUAGCUUCUAUCGGUAUUCGCCACGUAUGAUGGCCGAGCUGAGGUCAACAUCGCCAACUCUGUCUGAGGAAACAGAGUUUCUUGGGGAUAUAAGGGCGAUUCGUUGGAUAAUAGGGGAGCCAAAUGUCCUUAAUGCCCUCAUCAAGGAUUACCUGGAGGUGGUUGCUCACUUGAAGAACAUAAGCAGCCAAACCCAGAGAGGUGAUGCUGCUGCCAUUGCCUUUUCUCUUCUACAGUUCCUACUGGACUACCAAUCAGUAAAGCUGAUCUAUUUUCUGUUGGACAUCAUUGCCGUUGUUUCAAGACUUGCCUUUAUCUUCCAGGGGGACUAUCUGUUGGUAUCCCAGGUAGAUGCAAAAAUUGAGGAUGCCAUUCAUGAGAUUGGGCAGUUGGUGGACUCCCCGGGGGAGUACCUCCAGGAAUUUGAGGAUAACUUUCGGGAGAGCUUCAAUGGUGUGGACCUCAAGAACCUACGCGUUGCAGAGUCAAAGUUCCAGUCGAUCCGAGAGAAGAUCUGUCAGAGAAGCCAAGGGAUUCUGGCCCAACACUUUGAACGACGCAGCCGCACAUUGGUCCAGGCUUGUCAGGUACUUGACCUGGUCUCUUGGCCUCUUAACCGGGAUGAUCUUGGUGCAUAUGGAGAGAAGGAAAUCCUUCUAAUUUUUGACCACCUGGAUACUAUCCCCUCAUCUGGCCGUGAGAUCUCACAAGAAAGAAUAGAUGCCAGAGGAAGACUAGUGGUUGAAUGGAGGGAUUUAAAAGCAGAUUAUUGUAGUGUAAAUGGUUUUAAAGAGGUAGUGAGUCAUAUAUUCAGAUACAAGAAACGUUUUCCUCUGCUGAACCACAUCCUGCAGGUGGUCAGGGUCUUGCCAACGUCAACAGCAUGUUGCGACAAAGGAAGAGGGUCCUUGCAGAAAUUGCGCCGAAAUAACCAUUCAAGACUGACUCUGGAGCAGACAAACGAUCUGCUCACUUUGGCUAUUAAUGGUCCCCCUAUCGGCAGAUUUGAAGGAAAGAGAGCAUUGGACAGCUGGUUUGAAGAGAAAUCGGAGAACAGUUGUUCACACUCGACUGCUGAACAAAAGUCCUCGUUGCACAAUAUAGAAUUGAAGACAGAGUUGUAUGCUGAUAUUUGACUGAUUAGAGACAAUUCCUCAGCCAACAAAAAGCCAUCUCAUUGAAAAGGGCUGAUCGGGACUAUAAUGUGAUAGGCCAAGUAGUUUGACUUUGGCCCUGCUGCUAAAAUGGCCUGGAUCAGCAUCUUCUCUAAGAGUAGGUAGGAAUGCCUUUGCAGGUCACAGGCACAUGAAAUACUUUAAAAUGUUCACAUAAAUGGUUGUGAUGUGUUGAUAUUCAUGAUGUUUGUGUUCCAAAGAGAAAGAGGAAGAUUCUUAUUUUCCGGUGAUGAGGAUUGUUGUCAUUAAGUGAAUGUUCGACUGAGCUUUUAUUAAACAAGAUUUAAUCGUUUUAUCAAGCAUUGACAAGUGAAGCCUUUUUAAUCUCUGAAAAUGUUACCGCCUUGCAAACCUACCAACUAAAAAAAUAGUUUUAUUAUUCCAUCUGCAAAAUAAUUCGAGCAAUCAUUCUUUAAGCACUUAAUUGUUAUUGCAAAGUCUGUAUAUUCUGGUAAUCACUAAUCAGAAUGGAAAUAGCCACUGUUUUGCCAUGCAGUAUGUUCCUAUAAAAGAUAUAUAAAAUACAUUUUGUAUCUUUUUUUAUAUACACUUUUAUAUAGGUUAACCAUUAAUCUUAAGAUUCUGUGUAAAUCUUAAUUUAAAAACAUGUUUAUGUGCCAUAAUUCUGUAUGCAAUCUGGCUGCAGUUUACACCCAAUCUAAAAACUGAUUUAUAGAUUUCAAUUACAUAAAUAUGCAAAGUAUGAAUGCCUUCCAGCAAUUUGAAAAAGUCUGCAUUACCUACCAGUCCUUUUUAUUUGUUAAUGUAUGCCAAUUUACUGCUGGAAGAGAUUCUAAGAGAUUUAAGCAAUUAAAAGAAGUGCUCUUUUGAAUAAAACUCAUACAAGAACAAAGCUUCAGAAUUUUCGAUUGCGUUAUUAUGUGCUCGACACUUUAAAGGAUUUUAUUACUUUACCAAUGCAUGUCUUAUACCGAGUGAAUUAUUCCACUCAUUUCCAUUGAUCAUACUUGUGCAAUAUAUAUCUUCUCUUUACAGUGAAUAUUCUUCAAUACACGCAACUCAAAUAAUUUUUAUGAAUAUUCUUUUAAGCAAAACUGUGGAUUUAUAGAGGUUUCCAACACAAUAGAGCAAGUUUAAGAUGCUUAUAUGUUCACCCUUUGUAGUUUACAGUUUUAUGAUUAAUCAUAUUUAUCUUUCAAUUUAAUUUCAUAAAAAUGGUUUGUUGUUUUCAAAUGGUUUCAUCCUUUUCAAUGUUGCAGUUGAAAUGUAAUUAAAAUUCAAAUUUAAUUGUUGCAUUUGUUCAUGUCAUUGUUAAAGCAUUAUUUUAUCACUUUAUAAAAUAUUGUAAUCUGUGGUAUAUCUUAAUCUUUAGCAGAGAAUACUUGCAGUCCGUAAUAUUUAAUAGGCCUAGUAUUGAUUGUACUCACAGUUUUUAUUCAUCAGUGUAGAAUAAGAGUAGUUCAAUGCAAUUAUCUCUGAAGUUAUGUUAACCAUGAACUAUACAAAUGCACUGUUAAGGCUGGAGUACUUUUCAUGUGCAAUGACAUGAGAUACAUUUUUUUUAUAUAUUAGUCUGUUGUAAAGAAUUUUUGUGUCAUCAAAACAGCUUGUCUUCAUUUUACAAUAGAUUUAGAUUUUGCACGUCAAAAAAAUAUUGCAUGUGUUUAAAGCCUCAAAAAAUUGGAGGUGUUUUAUGGAAAUAGAAUGCAUCUGUCCUCUAUUCCAGUAAAUCCAAUUUUAGUAUGUUUAAAUGAAUGUACAUUUUUAAAAUUAAACGGACUAUCCAAAUGUACAUAAGAAAUGUUCUAACCAAUUGAUUGUUCGCUUUUACCUUAAACUAAGCUUCGAUGUAGUUAACAAAAUAUUUCGGUGGCUUUUUUGCCCCAGUGAACAAUCUAACAUCAUAGCAUACCCUCUGAACUAUUUCUGGCAUUGUCAUUAGGGUUAAUAUGUGAGCUACCGAAAAUCUAAUCUAUUUUUUCUCAUAUUUACUUACGUGAAUUGCCUUAUGCGUUUGAAUGUUGGACUGUUACGUCACAGUGAGGUAUGCUAUUGGGCGAAUCAUCUUUUAUAGUACGUGUUUUCUUUUUUUGGAUGAGUGCUGAAAUAGUUUUGAAUGUUUGUAGGACUUGAAAGGAUUGAAAGCAGCUUGGGUUCAUUUUUUUUCUGUUAAGAUGGAUUAGUUUAGUUACACUUUAUUUCCAGUUUAGUCAAUGAUUGUUUGUAUCCUUAUUUGUUUUGUAUUAUAUAAAACGAAUGCCUGUUUGUGUUUGCACCUUCUAUGUCUUAUACACUUUUUAUUUCUUUCUUCUUUGCUCAUUUUGUUCUUUUAAAUGGUGAAUUUUGACACAGUGAGCUAAAGCAAGUUUUAAUGAUUUUAAAAUGACACAAUGAUUUUGUUUUAAGGCUUUAUUCUUUAUUAAAUUCUGUAUACCAAAAUGUAAAUUUUAAGUCAAUAGUCAUAAUUUUGUAUUGCUUUGAUUUAUUUUUCAAUAGAUUUCAUGUAAUCACAAUAAUGUGUAUUGUUGUUGUAUCAUGAAUUAUUAUUGUGUUUUUUCCCAAAUAUUAUUGAUGAUCUGUUUGCAUCUGGUAGACAUCUGGUAAAACCUAAGAAACAAAGUCACAUCUGGUUUCAGUUUAAUAUCAACAGUUAAUGUAAUUGAUAAUGGUAGCUCUAGAUUCUUAUUCCAUUUCUUCUUGCUAAGACAAAUGUCAUUAUAGUUACAUUUAUACAUCAAACACACUUUGCAUAUCUUCCUGAAAACAUAACACUGGAAACUCAAGAAUAUGAACUACAAGUGAAUUUCAAGAAAUAUCUACCUGGAGAAUGUGGACUUGUAUAAUAGAAACCCACUUAAAAUGACAUUAUAUGGAAUCUAUA